AUGGAUGUCUUGCUACAAAAUGUGGAAGGCUGCAGUUGGGAGCUUCAUCUCUGUUCAAGGGGAUUUGCAAAGUACUAUUUCAGUAAAGGCUGGAGAACGUUUGCCAAGGAGAACAAGCUAAAUAUUGGUGAUUGUGUGGUUUUUGAACUCAUUGAUAGACAUCCAGCUGAGGUAACAAAUCCAGAUGGCGUAUUGGAUGUCUUGCUGCAAAAUGAGGAAGGUCUCAGUUGGGAGGUUCUUGUCAGACCAAAUGGACUCGAUCAAUACAUAUUCUGUACAGGCUGGAAAGACUUUGCCACAGACAACAAGCUGAAAAUUGGCAAUUAUGUGAUUUUCGAACUAAUUGAUAGACUUCCAGAUUCAACGUUUGCAAUGAACUUCCGUAUCUGUCGUAUUUCAGUUCCUGUUCCUUCUCCAGUUCGUGUGCAAGAAAGUGCCGGACCACAGGAAGCAUGUUUCACUCGUCUACCUUCUUCUCUGCUUGCACAGGAAAUAAAAUCACGUGGAAGGGGAUGUGAAAAUACGACUAUAAGAAAGGGAGGCUCUGAUAAUCACGAGAAGCUUGCUUCAGCAAUAGCAGCCGAGAGCAAAGUCAAUUCUUUCAGUUCUCCCUUUCCUUCCUUCUGGACCAUUGUGAAGCCUUCCAACGUUACCUGUAUUAAUAUACCGGUUAAAUUUGGGAGAGAACAUCUUCCAACAAAAUGUGGGGAAGAAAUAAUGGAUCAUGUCUUACUUCAAAACGUGGAAGGCCGCAGUUGGGACCUUCGUGCUAAGUUAUUUGGAUGUGAUAUGUACCGGUUAAAUACAGGAUGGAAAACAUUUGCCACAGACAACAAGCUGAAUAUUGGUGAUAGCGUGCUUUUUGAACUCAUUGGUAGACUUCCAGAUGCAACAUUUGUAAUGAACUUCCACAUCUAUGAGUUCCAGACUUUGCUGACGAUGAUUUGGAUGAUGAAUGAGGCGGCUCUUCGGCCAGGGGUAUCGAAUGUUUUACUGAACUACUUUGCUGCUUCGCCUUAUGUUUUCAUCAGAGGACACACAGAAACAUAUGUAAUAUUAUGGGAUUCAUAUAUUUGCUUCUAA